GGUCACUGAGGUCAUCAAGGCGCGACGGCGGCAGGAGCUGUGUCCGGCUUUUUCCAGAGCGCUCCCGUCGGGAUCGUUUUCAGAAAGACAUGACCACACAGUACGGUAUUCUCUUCAAGCAAGAGCAAGCUCACGAUGAUGCCAUCUGGUCAGUUGCCUGGGGAAAAAAUAAAAAUGAUGGUUCUGAAACAGUGAUCUCUGGUUCUUUGGAUGAUCUGGUGAAGGUCUGGAAGUGGAAUGAUGAAAAGCUGGAUCUGCAGUGGACUUUGGAGGGUCACCAGCUGGGGGUGGUGUCUGUGGACAUCAGCCACACGGGCGCCAUUGCAGCAUCCAGCUCCCUGGACGCCCACAUUCGCCUCUGGGAUUUAGAGACUGGCAAACAGAUCAAGUCCAUAGAUGCUGGUCCUGUUGAUGCUUGGUCCCUGGCUUUUUCACCUGAUUCCCAGUACCUUGCAACAGGAAGUCAUGUGGGGAAAGUAAAUAUUUUUGGUGUUGAAACUGGAAAGAAAGAAUAUUCUCUGGACACCAGAGGAAAGUUCAUCCUUAGCAUUGCAUAUAGUCCAGAUGGAAAAUACUUGGCCAGUGGAGCAAUAGAUGGCAUUAUCAAUAUUUUUGAUAUUGCAACUGGAAAACUUCUGCAUACGCUAGAAGGCCAUGCGAUGCCCAUCCGCUCGCUGACGUUCUCCCCAGACUCCCAAUUACUCGUCACCGCGUCCGAUGACGGCUACAUCAAAAUCUACGACGUGCAACAUGCAAACUUGGCUGGCACAUUAAGUGGUCAUGGAUCCUGGGUUUUAAACGUAGCAUUUUGUCCUGAUGAUACCCAUUUUGUUUCCAGUUCAUCUGAUAAAAGUGUAAAAGUUUGGGAUGCUGGAACGAGAACCUGUGUCCAUACCUUCUUUGACCACCAAGAUCAGGUAUGGCUGCUAUUCCCUAAGUCACCAUGUUCCCAGGAGAGCUUGUGUAGUUGUGCACAUUUGUGUGUCACCUUGGCGCUGCAGCUCCAGCCUUGCAGUAAUGCAGUAACUUUAGCUUGCUGUAAUGACAUUUUAGAAGUUGUUUGUGGUUAUUUGGCACUUAAUAUUGAACUAGUAUUCCCAAGUGUAUAUGCUGAUCUCUUCCAAGUAAUUAACAUUUUUCAGGCUCAAAUAAAGGCAAGCCUGAGUGGCCAAAAUCUUACCAGACUCUGUUAGCUUUGUCUCUGGUCUUACUUAUUUCUGUCACUUACACAGCAUAUGCAUGUGUAAGGGUGGAAAUACUUAUCUAAAAGGAUGGAAUUACCUAAACAGAUGCUUGAAAGCAGCCUUGAAACUUGGGACUUUUUCCUCCUCCACUGUCUGUAAUACUGUGGUUUUUGUAUUUAUUGCUGAGUGCUAGCUACUUGUGAGGGAAGGAGUUAGGUUUCUACCUAUUUACUCUUUGUCCAAACAUCAGGUGAUAAAUAGAACAAUAUUAUAUUUUAAUGGAUCACUGAGUAAGAAACAAAGGCUAUUCUUCUAGAUUUUAUUUGAACUCUUUCUUCUGUAGUACUGUUUUGCUGGUAACCUUCUUUUCAGUUACCUACGGGUAUGAGGGUUUUAAUACUGAAGUACCAAGUGGGAUUUGAUUUCCCCUGUUGUUUUAGCUGUUACCUAUAAUCUCAUUAAGUCUGUGGCAAACAGAGAUGUAUCAGUUAUUGGGAAUGCUGGGUUUUGGUAUUAAUGCAAAAUAUUAAUAAUACAAGAAUGCCCAAAACAUACUGUUGUUAAUAUACCCAUUCUGCAUUUCACAUUAAUGUGCUGCUGGGUAGCCUUCACCCUUCCUGAUGUCAUUCUGAUGGAGAAGGGUGUCACUUAAGAGCUUGUGUAACUGUCGUAAAUCAGAGGACUGACCUGAAUUUUUCUAAGUAAGCUUUGCACUGGUACGGAAAUGGCUCUCUGAAAGAGCUCAAGGAUAAACCAGAUCAUUCUUCAGUCUGUCAUGAUGUGUCAGUCUGCAUGACAAAUACCUCCUCUCUUGCUUUCCUGCACUGUAAAAUACUAUUUUCAGAAAGGGCUGCAGGAUGGGUAAGAGUGAAAAUGCUUGGGUUGAUUUAUGCAAACUGGGGCGAGUACUUUUCAGCCCUUACCAAGUAUCUCUGGCUUGUAUAAUCCUGUCAGUGGGAGUGGGUGUAGGAAGUCGUCAAGCUCCUAGAUGGCAGUGUCCUGCUCUGGUUCAGCAGCCUUAGCUGCUGUAAAAGCAGAAGCCAUAUUGCACCAGCUCUAAUCAGGUGACCUUUAAAAUACUCCUUCCUCUUCUCCUUGUAAUAAAUAUGACUGCUACAAAGCUC